AGGGCUUCGGAGUCUGACCAAGAAGGGCCGGAAACUGUGGCGUCUCCGUUACAUAAGGUAAGCAGAGAUCCCAGGCUUAGUACUCACGGACUCAUUGCUAGGGCUAAAGGAGCUAGCAAUUGAGCGAACAAGAACAACCGAGUUAGGGAGCUUUCGCCGUUCUCUGGUUUUUUCUCGUCAAUAGCUAUGGCUUUGAACAAUGGAUUGAGAUCCGGCCUGAAGGUGUUGAUGUCCUCUGAAUCUAUUGUUUCAAGAUCAGUUAGAAGCUUUCACUCAACUGGGGUGAAGAGGAUGGGGGGAGGACAUGGCCAUGGUCAUGAUGAGGCAUAUUAUCUUCAUGCAAAACACAUGUAUAACUUGGACAGGAUGAAACAUCAGAAAUUGAAGAUGACUUUGGGCGUGUUCACUGCAUUCAGUAUCGGUGUGGCUGUUCCAAUUUAUGCUGUCAUUUUCCAGCAAAAGAAGACUGCCUCUGCUUGAUUUCUUAUGUUUGUUGGUGGUAAUAAAAGAGACAGUACUUUAUAAACUCUAGUAUCAGUUUUCUCUGUUUCAGGCUUAACAAUCCUUUGGCACUGAAAAUGCCUUUUUGUCCUCUUGAUUGUUUUUAUUCCCUUAAUUUUGAAUACUGCCUUGUCGUAUGCCAUUUAUGCAACAGUAGAUCUUUGGUUUAGCAGUUCGAAUAAACAACUCUUGGGCUGAA